CAACAUGUAUCCAAAUUCUUAGGAUAAUUGGUCGUUUACGUUGUUAAUUUUUGUGUCUUAGGAUUGCCUGUGGAGAAAACGAGGUAUCUCCCCGGGGCCUGUAUUCUGCCUGCCUCGAUUGUCUCUCCGUGAAGCAGUAAAAUCAGGAUGUCUACGCAGUCAGGGGAAGAAGACUCGAUACUUAUCAUCCCGACUCCAGAAGAGGAGGAAAAAAUCCUGAGGGUGAAGUUGGAGGAGGAUCCUGAUGGUGAAGAGGGAUCGAGCAUCCCCUGGAGCCGUCUCCCUGACCCGGAGGUCUUCCGACAGCGGUUCCGGAAGUUCGGGUACCAGGACUCCCCGGGGCCCCGCGAGGCCGUCAGCCAGCUUCGAGAACUUUGCCGCCUGUGGCUCAGGCCCGAGACGCACACGAAGGAACAAAUCCUGGAGCUAGUGGUGCUGGAGCAGUUCGUGGCCAUCCUCCCCAAGGAGCUGCAGACUUGGGUUCGCGAGCAUCACCCCGAGAAUGGAGAGGAGGCGGUGGCGGUGCUGGAGGAUUUGGAGAGUGAACUGGAUGACCCCGGACAGUCGGUUUCUCUCUGCCGGCGGAAGCGGGAGGUGCUGGUGGAGGAGAUUGCAUCUCAAGAAGAAGCGCAGGGAUUACCGAGUUCGGAGCUUGAUGCUGUGGAAAACCAGCUCAAGUGGGCGUCCUGGGAGCUCCACUCCCUCAGGCACUGCGAUGAUGAUGCUAGGACUGAAAAUGGAGCGUUAGCUCCAAAGCAUGAGAUUCCUUCAGCAGUGGAAUCUCAUGAAGUUCCUGGCACGCUCAGUGUGGGGGUUCCUCAGAUUUUUAAAUACGGAGAAGCCUGUUUCCCUAAGGGCAGGUUUGAAAGAAAGAGAAAUCCUUCGAGAAAGAAACAACAUAUAUGUGAUGAGUGUGGAAAACACUUCAGUCAGGGUUCAGCACUUAUUCUUCAUCAAAGGAUCCACAGCGGAGAGAAACCCUAUGGAUGUGUUGAAUGUGGGAAGGCAUUCAGCAGAAGUUCCAUCCUUGUGCAACACCAGAGAGUCCACACUGGGGAAAAACCUUACAAAUGUCUUGAAUGCGGAAAAGCCUUUAGCCAGAAUUCUGGGCUUAUUAAUCAUCAGAGAAUCCAUACUGGGGAGAAACCUUACGAAUGUGUUCAGUGUGGGAAAUCCUAUAGUCAAAGCUCAAAUCUUUUCAGACAUCAGCGAAGACACAAUGCAGAAAAACUGCUGAAUGUUGUGAAAGUUUAAGAAAUUAAAAAUAAAAGUCAGCACUCAGGUCUAUUUCUUCAGAAAUGAAGACAAAAACAUGGAAUGAUACAUAAUGAUACAGUUUGGUCUCCCUAUAAGAAUGUUAGAAAAUCCACUGGGAAAUGUACAACAUUGUCACUCAACAUUAUCAGUUUGUUUUGAAAGAAUGGUGUCAUACCUGCCUAGAAACUGAAAUUUUAAACUUAAUUUACAUGUGAAUGCCUAAAUCUUUCAUGUGAUGUUUAUAUUCUUACUAUUUUUUUCCAAAUAAUGAUCUACUUGAUUCUUUGUCUCUUACAAUUUUCUUUUGUAGACAGACACAUUAGGUUUGUGUUGAUCAUGGAAUCUUCUUUGCAAGGAUACAUUCCCUUCCCUUCUACAUUAAAGGGCAACAUAGGGAUUAUGAAGUCUGAAAACCGAAACCAUCUUUUCAAAAUUUACUCUUCUGUUUUUUGUUUUUUGUUUUAACCCAAUUUGGAUAUGCAUUUCAGAAAAUAGAAGAUAAAAGAUGACUAAAGCUUCAAAGUAAAAUUAGAAGUGAUGGUGAUAAAACAUCAAAAAGUGAAUGGGACGCCUAGAUUGGGAAAGAUGUAAAAAUAUUUGGAUCCCAAGAAUUGAAGUGUAUCAAGAAUUUAUCUAGAUGUAAUUAUCUGCCUGUAGGAAAAUAAAAAUGCUGCAUCCUGUCUGUAACUUGGAGGCAUCCCACUAAUGAAAAUAAUGUUUUCUGCUUCAUUAGAAAGUGGACAGUCUAAACAAGAAUCAUAAACUAUGAAAGUAGAAAAAACACUUGAGAAUUUGCAGUCAAUGACAGUGUUGAAAGGCAAAUGUGAAGGUAAUAGUCAAUCUUGGCUUUUAGAAGAUCCAAUUCAUUAUUAUUUUGCCUUCGUUUUUGUUAAGGAUAGAAAAAAAUCCCUGACCAGGUGGGUAACGAGUAUCGGGUUUGUUAUUUUAUUUUUUUGGUAAAAAAGGGUUGAAUACCAGGCUAACAAAGCAGCCACGCAUUCAUUCAUUCAACAUUUUCUACCGACAAGGCACUGUGCUGGGUACUGUAGCCCUACCAUCAGUAGGUAGGUGAUUCUUCCACUGUAUAUUAUUGGGGAACUGGUACAAAGCAGUUUCUUGUGAGUUAGCUUCUGGCCCCCUUCUGAGCAGUCCUGGGGGAGCCACAGUUCUCUUACCAGGGUGCUGUAUUUGGGGGAAAGGAAGACAGCUCAAACUGCUAAUCCUAACCAUCUCUCCAGCAUUCCUCAGAGGUGAGUCUAAAAUUCUAUCACAGUUUGGAGGUUUUAUAAAACUAAUCAAUCUCUAUUAGCAUUGAGGUUGUACUUACAUGUUAAGUUGAAUGGAUUGUUCUAUUUAAAAAGUAAACGACUAGGUUAUUAACAACUAGUUUAUUAACUAUCAGAAUUGAUUGAACUAUUUUUUAAAAAUUUUAAGUCUUAACACAUUUUUAUAAAUGUAUGAAAGUAAUGCAUUGUAGUAGUAGGGUUAUAUACUCCUUGGCUGAGAAUCUGAAGUACUGUGGUUCUACUGUUCAGUGGAAAGCUCUGGAAGUUAAAAUACAGAAAAUGAGAAAAGGCUUUCUUAUAGUGGGCAUCAUUGUGUGGAAAAUGACCCAUUUGAAUAAGUAUGUCAUAGUUCCAGAGAUUUUGGUUACAACUGGUGCUUGGAUUAAAUUUUAAAAAUGGAAGGUGAAAUUUGCAUGAGCCUAUUAAAAAGCAUAGUAAUACAUGCAAGGCCAGCUGGUGGAGAAGCGAGGCAGAAUGGGGCUUGUUUAUAGGUUUUCUGAUAAUUAUAAGAAAUGUGCUUUAUAGAUUAAGGUUUAUUGAACUAUAAAUAUGUAGUAAUGAUAUAAUGUGUUUUAAGUUAUACAAGGAAAUGUAGGGACUUUUGUUUGGGUCUUUUUUUCUGUAGCUGAGAGGAAACAUGUCAAUGUCCGAUAAAGCUAUAGACUCCUCUGCUCCAAGAUGCAAUGAUCUUGAGUUGAUUGAUUGACUGAUUGAUUGAUCACUGGUUUCUUUCCAAGUAGGCUUUGAGGUGGCAUAUUUGGAAUUCUGCUAGGAUGACAGGAUUCUUAAUAUCAGAGUAGGUAAGAAGGGGUCAAGCUCUCAGUGGUUGACAUUUCAUGCUUUUUUCGAUUUUAUAUCUUUUCUGUAUACCAAGAAGCUUCAGUGUGGUAGAUUUGUCUUAAAGGCCAAAGAUGUUUGGUAUAACGUGAGAGCUUAGACAAAGUAGUGUUAGAGUUGGCAAAUAGGUGUUUGUCUUGCCAGCUCAUAGCCAUGGGUUGUUUAGGAAACAUUCUGAGGCUAUGGCAGGGCUCAGUGGGGAAAUGGCUGGAUCCAAAAAGACUGGGUGAUGGUCCACAGGAAAAGAAAGUGGUUGGUGUACUUGCUGUUUCUGAUUAGGUUAUAUCCCCAGUGGAUAAAUCAACCUAAAAUAACUAUUCAGUGAUUUAUGAUUUCAUCUAUACAUUUAUCUAUACCCACACAGAUAAUCAUAGCAAUUCUGGAGGCUGCGUAGCCUCUGAUGAAAUGGUGAUCUGGCAGUUGUCAAGCAGUGGCAACUUUUGGUUAGCAAACAAGCAGUCAGUGUUAAUGGCAUGCAGACUGCUGAUACCUACCCAAUAGCCACUGAGCUUUUGCUCAUUACUGGUAAAUUCUGGGUUUCUUGGAGGUUAAGCUCCUUACAUUCACACCCAGUUGGCACUUGAUCAUUUAGCAGUAUGUCUACCGCAUUAAUGUAGGUUGAAGGGAGCAUUAUAUGUAUUGAAAUAACCUGCAUGCCAGGCAUCGGAUUAGACCCUCCCUAUCGCACUUAGAUUUGUAGACUAAACAGCAGGAUUCAGAGAUCAUGUGACUUGCAUGUGGCCAAGUAGAGCUAACACUCAAAUCUAGUUCUGUGAACUCCACAGACAUCAAUUUUUCCACAAUGCCAUGAGCAGUGGCUGUUAAACCUUGAUUUUAGAUUUUAUCUUUUAUGGUUCAGAGGUUUUUAUCUUUUAUAGUUAACAAAAAUGAAAACUAUUAAAUUCACUCAUUAAGAUUUUUUAUAGUACAGAAUAUGAAGUGAAAAAGAACAUUCUUUCUCAUAGUCUUACUCACAAGUAAUAAUUACUUGGUCUGUUAUUCUUCCAGACUUAGGCAUAUACAAGUUUAAGCAAAAAUGUGUUAAUAGCCGACACUUGUGGUUCCUAUAAAGGCACUGUUUUGAAGUGCUUUACCAUGGAUUAACUCUUAAUCCUCACAGCAACCAUAUGAGGUAGGUACAUAUCCCCAUUUUACAUGUACUGCUCUGAAAUUGUCUCCCCUCCUUUUCAAUUUGAUAUAGACAUUGUUUUUCAUGGCUACAAAUACUGUUCCAUUGCAUGAAUAUACUGUUAUUUAUUUAAUCAA